AUGGAACCAUAUGUGAUUGGCUCGAUUAUUGCUUUCUGCACUUUCCUCCUCUUGUUCGCUUACUACAGAAUACUAAAACCAAUAUUCUGUGCGCUGAACACCCUGUCUGUCAGCAGGCAUCCGGUUCAGAUGAGGCGUCUAAAUGAGAGUAACAUCCAAGAUUCGUCCUUGCAGAUUCACAGCCAUGGACUGGAAUCUACCAUUAUGCAUUCUUUACCAAUCACUCAGUUCAAGAACAAGAAAGAAGAGGAGCCGAGAGUAAGCAACAAUGAGUGCGCAGUUUGCUUGGGGGAGUAUGAAGAAGGGGAAUGGCUGAAACAUCUACCAAAUUGUGCUCAUGUAUUUCACGUUGCCUGUAUUGACACUUGGUUUCAGACUCACUCAAAUUGCCCUCUUUGCAGAUCCCAUGUCUAUGAUCUAAGUCAUGAAUAUUCCAUGUCAAUCAACAUAUUGCUAGAAACUCCUAGAAGGGAAGACUUUUUCCAUGAAAGUUCAGAAGAUUACCAAAUCUUACGCGCUGAGAUCCUAUGCAACUCUAUGUUUAGACCUGAAGAAAUAGGUGCUGAAGUUUCAACCCGCAUGAGUAGAGAAAUUCUGUAG